AUGAAAUUCCUCGGCCCUAUUGCAUUGGGCGCUGCCUCUACUGCCUUCGCCGCGGUCCUGCCCCAGCAGGCCCCUCUGGUCCCCUCUAUUGUCCAGAAUGCCCAGACCACUAAGUGGCUGAUCGAGUUGGCCCCGUACCAGACCCGCUGGGUGACCGAAGAAGAAAAGUGGGAAUUGAAGUUGGACGGUGUCAACUUUAUCGAUGUCACCGAUGAGUUUCAGUCCGGCGAAUACGGUGCUCUCCACACUAAGCGUAUCGUCCAUUACCCCAAGUCUAUGCAGCAUGGGGAAGACAUCGCGCCCUUGACCGAAGACUUAUCCAAGUCCAACAUGAGGAAGAAUUUAGAGCACUUCACCUCCUUCCACACCCGGUACUAUAAGUCCCAGACCGGUAUCGACUCCGCCGAAUGGCUGUACGGACAAGUCAGCGACGUAGUCAAUGACUCCGGCGCUAGCGAUCACGGUGCCACUGUAGAAAAGUUCAGCCACCCCUGGGGUCAGUUCAGCAUCAUUGCCCGCAUCCCCGGACAGACCAACAACACAGUUGUGUUGGGUGCCCACCAGGAUAGCAUCAAUCUAUUUCUUCCUUCCUUCCUGGCUGCCCCAGGUGCGGAUGAUGACGGCAGUGGAACAGUCACGAUCUUGGAGUCUCUUCGGGCCCUGCUGCGGUCCGAGAUUAUCGCCAAGGGCCAGGCUGAGAACACGAUCGAGUUCCAUUGGUACUCCGCCGAGGAGGGUGGUCUGCUCGGUUCUCAGGCAAUCUACGGAAAAUACAAGAAGGAUCUCCGUGAAGUCAAGGCCAUGCUUCAGCAGGACAUGACCGGCUUCGUCCAGGGUACUUUGGACGCCGGACUCCAGGAAUCCGUCGGCGUGAUCAUCGACUACGUCGACCAGGGCCUUACCAACUUCAUUAAGGAAGUCAUCACCACCUACUGUGACGUCCCCUACGUCGAAACAAAGUGUGGCUACGCUUGCUCCGAUCACGCUUCCGCCAGCCGAUUCGGCUACCCCUCUGCCUUCGUCAUCGAAUCUCAAUUCGAGAACAGUGACAAGAAGAUCCAUACGACCGAGGACAAGAUCGAGUACCUCAGCUUCGAUCACAUGCUGCAGCAUGCGAAGAUGAGCCUUGCGUUCGCCUACGAGCUUGCAUUUGCACCUUUCUGA